UUUGAAAAUGGCAGAGGGAAACAGCAAUGAAGAGGUGAUUCACUUGAACAACUUUCACUGCCAUCGGGGACAAGAGUGGAUCAAUCUCAGAGAUGGGCCCAUCACCAUAUCUGACUCCUCAGAUGAGGAAGGGAUUCCAAUGCUGGUCACCCCAGCUGCUCAGCAGCAUGAAGAAGAGGACCUGGAUGAUGAUGUCAUCCUGACAGAAGAUGAUUCUGAGGAUGACUACGGUGAAUUUCUGGAUCUUGGGCCUCCUGGAAUCUCUGAAUUCACUAAGCCAAGUGGCCAAAUAGAAAAAGAACCCAAGCCUGGACCGAGUCGUAACGAAGCAGCAAAUGACAUUGUCAACCCCAGAUCAGAGCAGAAAGUCAUCAUCUUGGAAGAAAGUAGCCUUCUUUACACAGAAAGCGAUCCUUUAGAAACUCAGAACCAGUCAUCCGAAGACUCAGAGACAGAGCUGUUAUCAAAUCCAGGAGAGUCAGCUGCUCUAGCAGAUGAUCAGGCCAUCGAAGAAGACUGCUGGUUAGAUCAUCCUUACUUCCAGUCUCUGAACCAACAGCCCCGUGAAAUAACAAACCAAGUUGUUCCUCAGGAACGGCAGCCUGAAGCAGAACUGGGCCGCUUGUUGUUUCAGCAUGAAUUCCCGGGGCCAGCUUUUCCAAGGCCAGAACCCCAGCAAGGUGGGAUUUCAGGCCCCUCUUCUCCUCAGCCUGCCCAUCCUCUAGGAGAGUUUGAAGACCAACAGUUAGCAAUUGAUGAUGAAGAGCCAGGUCCAGCCUUUCCAAUGCAAGAAUCUGAAGAGCCCAAUUUGGAAAACAUUUGGGGGCAAGAAGCUGCAGAGGUAGAUCAAGAACUUGUUGAACUAUUAGUGAAAGAAACGGAAGCAAGAUUUCCAGAUGUAGCAAAUGGGUUUAUUGAGGAAAUAAUUCAUUUGAAGAAUUAUUAUGAUCUGAAUGUACUUUGUAAUUUUCUUCUGGAAAACCCAGAUUAUCCAAAGAGAGAAGAUAGAAUCAUCAUAAAUCCCAGUAGCAGUCUGCUGGCCAGCCAGGAUGAGACAAAGUUGCCUAAAAUAGACUUUUUUGACUAUUCUAAAUUGACUCCUCUUGACCAGCGCUGCUUCAUCCAAGCUGCUGACCUCGCCUUUUCUGAUGCCAUUAAAAAAUGGCAGGAGCUAUCACCAGAAACCAGUGGAAAAAGGAAGAAGAGAAAAGAAAUGAACCAGUAUUCUUACAUCGAUUUCAAGUUUGAACAAGGUGACAUAAAAAUAGAAAAGAGGAUGUUCUUUCUUGAAAAUAAGCGACGACAUUGUAGGUCCUAUGACCGGCGUGCUCUCCUUCCAGCUGUGCAACAAGAGCAGGAGUUCUAUGAGCAGAAAAUCAAAGAGAUGGCAGAGCAUGAAGACUUUUUGCUUGCCCUGCAGAUGAAUGAAGAACAGUAUCAAAAGGACGGCCAACUGAUUGAGUGUCGCUGCUGCUAUGGGGAAUUUCCAUUCGAGGAGCUGACGCAGUGCGCAGAUGCUCACUUGUUCUGCAAAGAGUGUCUCAUCAGAUAUGCCCAAGAGGCAGUCUUUGGAUCUGGAAAGUCGGAGCUCAGCUGCAUGGAAGGCAGCUGCACGUGUUCGUUCCCAACCAGUGAGCUGGAGAAGGUGCUCCCCCAGACCAUCCUAUAUAAGUACUAUGAACGAAAAGCCGAGGAGGAGGUUGCAGCAGCCUACGCCGACGAGCUUGUUAGGUGCCCCUCCUGUAGCUUUCCUGCUCUGUUGGACAGUGAUGUGAAGAGGUUCAGCUGUCCUAAUCCUCGCUGCCGAAAGGAAACCUGUAGGAAGUGUCAGGGACUCUGGAAAGAACAUAAUGGCCUCACCUGUGAAGAGCUGGCUGAAAAAGAUGACAUCAAGUACCGUACCUCUAUUGAAGAAAAAAUGACUGCUGCCCGCAUUAGAAAAUGCCACAAGUGUGGGACUGGCCUCAUCAAAUCUGAAGGCUGCAACCGCAUGUCUUGCCGCUGUGGUGCCCAGAUGUGCUACCUCUGUCGAGUUUCUAUCAAUGGAUAUGACCAUUUCUGCCAACAUCCCCGCUCCCCAGGAGCCCCUUGCCAAGAGUGUUCAAGGUGCUCUCUCUGGACCGAUCCCACUGAAGAUGAUGAGAAGCUUAUUGAGGAAAUUCAGAAGGAGGCUGAAGAGGAACAGAAAAGAAAGAAUGGAGAGAACACCUUCAAACGCAUUGGACCCCCGCUGGAGAAGCCUGUGGAGAAGGUGCAGAGGGUGGAGGCCCUCCCGAGGCCCGUUCCGCAGAACCUGCCACAGCCACAGAUGCCGCCCUACGCCUUUGUGCACCCACCCUUCCCCCUGCCUCCCGUGCGACCUGUGUUCAACAACUUCCCUCUCAACAUGGGGCCUAUCCCAGCCCCAUACGUGCCCCCUCUGCCCAACGUGCGGGUCAACUAUGACUUCGGUCCCGUCCACAUGCCCCUAGAGCACAACCUGCCCAUGCACUUUGGCCCCCAGCCGCGGCAUCGAUUCUGAUGGCCCCGAACCCCCAUUGAGCAGCACAGAGCCCGUUUGGGGUGGGAGUGUGUAUAGAGAACCCUCCCCCACCCCUCCCCCAAGGCUGGUGGCUAUGCCAUUGCAUCUUAGAUCAGGUUGAAGGGUAGGCUGGUUUUCUUCCCACCCCUUUCCCAGAAGGGCCACUGCUCCCAGAAGAGUGG